CGGUCUCAGAACAGAGUGCAAAGAGAGAAAGAGAAAGAGGGAGGGAGAGAAAAAAGCCAAGUGAAUGUUAGAGCCCACUGUGGUCACUGCUGAAAUACUCAAUCUGAGAGAAAUGGAGGGAUUAACCAGUCGGAUUUAAAAAUCUGGAGCUCAUGCGGAGGCAGCCAAUCAGGGGACGAUCUGGAUUAAAAGGAGCCUUGGUCUAAAUGGGUCCGGUUAUGCCUCCCAGUAAGAAGCUGGAAAGUUCCGGGGUCAGCGUCGCGAGCGGCCUGAGCCAGUUCUAUCAGGCGAGCUCCAUAACGCGCGCCCUACAGGAGGCCGAGGAAAUGGACCUGGCUCUUCCCAUCAUCAAACUGGAGAAGGGCAGCGUGGAGGACGAGGAACUCACCAACCUCAACUGGCUCCACGAGAGCAAGAACCUGCUCAACAGCUUCGGUGACCCCGUGUUGAGAAGCGUCAGCCCUGUCCAGGACCUGGAUGAUGACACCCCACCCUCCCCGGCCCACUCGGAUCUCCCUUACGACGCCAAGCAGAACCCCAACUGCAAACCUCCUUAUUCGUUCAGCUGCCUCAUCUUCAUGGCAAUAGAAGAUGCCCCUUCUAAGAGACUGCCAGUUAAAGACAUAUACAACUGGAUCCUGGAACACUUCCCUUACUUUGCCAACGCCCCCACGGGGUGGAAGAACUCAGUCAGGCACAAUCUGUCCCUCAAUAAGUGCUUUAAGAAGGUGGACAAGGACAGGAGUCAGAACAUCGGGAAGGGCUCCCUGUGGUGCAUAGAUCCAGAAUACAGACAGAAUCUCAUCCAGGCGCUGAAGAAGACGCCUUAUCAUCCUUAUUCCCAGGUGUUCACCACGCCUCCCACCUCUCCUCAGGCAUAUCAAAGUAUGUCCAGUCCUCCAAUAUGGCCAGGAAGUCCCUUUUACAGAAAAAACAAGGGAGUCCUACUACAAGUCCCUCAGGGAGUGAUCCAGAACGGAGCUCGAAUGAUGAGCCAGGGCCUCUUCCCAGGAAUCCGACCCCUUCCCAUAAACCCCAUUGUCAGCAGGACAGCCACUGUCAGGUCAAUACUCGAAUACAGGAUUACCAGUGACGGCGAGCCCACCUGUAACUCUCCACUGGUCAGCAGCGACUCCAAGGAUGACCACACCUACAGUUUUGCCAAAUCUUCCAGCUCGGACGCCGGAGAAGAGGCUCUCUGCGAUGGAAGCGAGGUGAGCUUCCAUGCCAACGAGACUGGCAGCGAUGUAGAGGACGAUGACAAGAGCAAAAUCAAGAAGGAGCCCAAAGAGUGGUCCGUGGACGCCCUCGCUCUGGCCCAGCACAAGAAACGGCAACAUUUGACAAAAGUCAAACAGAGAGUGGCCAGUGACACUCUUCCUCUAAAAAAGAGGCGCACAGAGAAGCCUCCGGAAAGUGACGACGAGGAGAUGAAGGAGGCGGCCGGGUCCCUGCUUCAUCUGGCGGGAGUCAGGGCAUGUUUGAACAAUAUCACCAACCGGACGGCAAAGGGGCAGAAAGAGCAAAAAUAACGAAAAGACUGUAUUAUAAAGAGAGAGAGAAAAAAAACAUCACUUUGAAUAGAAUUUACUAUUUUUUUUUCCCAGGACAUCAGGUGAAUUCUACUGAUUUGUGGCAAUAUCAACAAUCACUUUGUUUUCCUAUCUUUAUAGGUAACAUUUUACUGAGGGUUUCUUGUUUUGGUUCACCUAUUUUAUUGUGAUUUCUUUCUUUUUUUUUGAUCUACGGAGAUUGAAGCCAUAGCCUUCCCUUUUUUAAGAUAUUCAACAAAGUAUUUCAUUCUUCUGAGAGAGGAG